AUGUCACGUUUGGCUGAUUAUUUUGUGGUAGUAGGAUAUGACCAUGAAAAAGAAAGAAGUGGUAUCAGUAAUGGUAUGAUAUUACAAAGAUUUCCUGAAAAAGACUGGCCUGACACUCCCUUCAUUGAAGGAAUAGAAUGGUUUUGCCAACCACAGGGAUGGACAUUAUCUUCAGAAAAACAAGAGCCAAGAUUUUUUGUGUCUGUACUUACAGACAUCGAUGCAAACAGGCAUUACUGUGCUUGCUUAUGCUUCAAUGAAACCGUUUCAAUAACACCAAGCAAGCCUGUUGAUGAGGAAGAAGAUGCAGUUGAUGGGGAAGCUCCCUUGGUUAGAGUCAUUCCAGCUAUAUCCCACCAUAGCAUUAUGUAUGCACCAAAAUGUCUGGUGUUGGUUUCAAGAUUGGAUUACAUAGAGACGUUUAGGAACUGCUUGGGGAUCAUCUACAGUGUCUACAUAGAAAGUAUGCCAGUACCGCUCGAAACUUUAGUAGGAAACAUAUUAGGAUGUAUCCAGGUACCCCCGCCAGGUGGCCCUCAAGUUCGUUUCAGCAUAGGAGCAGGUGAUCGCCAAGCUUUACAACCCUCCCUAUCUCCGUCUCUUCCCGUAACGCACACCUCUGUCAGCUUAUUGUUCCAUCAAUUAGGCAUCAGAAAUGUGAUCAAGCUGUUUUGUGCUAUAAUGACUGAACACAAGAUAUUGUUCCAUUCGAAGAGCUACAAUAGACUGACAGAGGGAUGUAGAGCCUUGACGGCGCUAAUGUAUCCGUUUCGGUACACGCAUGUGUACAUUCCGCUGUUGCCAGCGCCGCUCGUUGAAGUGCUGUCCACACCCACGCCGUUCAUUAUGGGAGUCCAUUCCUCUUUGAAGUCAGAAGUUGCUGAAUUGAUGGAUGUGAUCGUCGCCGACUUGGAUGGAGGCUCAAUCACCAUUCCAGAUGGCAUAUCCUUGCCUCUCCUCCCGGAACCCUUACUCAGCAAUACUCAAGAAGCUCUGAGUCUCAUCCUUCAACCGGAGCUCUCUUUCGCGGAUCAUGCGUUUCCACCUCUAGCAGUUCGCGCCCCUCAAUCCAUAAUGCUAGAUAAAGAAAUCCGCGCAGUCUUCAUGCGAACUUUUGCUCAACUACUCCAAGGGUAUCGCAGCUGCCUGACGCUCAUUCGCAUACAUCCUAAACCGGUCAUAACGUUUCAUAAGGCCGCCUUUUUAGGAGAAAGAAAUCUGAAAGACUGUGACUUUACGACGCGAGUAUUGGAUUGUAUGUUUUUUACUAGUUUUGUUUCGGAACGUGGCCCUCCUUGGAGACCGUGCGAUGUUUGGGAUGAGCUCUACAGCAGUCUUAGCGAAUUAUUGAAGACGGAAUUGCAAGAUCCUCGGUUGGUUUUGGUACAUAUACAGGAAUUAGCAACGCAACUUUAUACCAAUGAGAUUCCUAACCCUCAGUCAUACGCCCAGAAGAUUCUGGUGCCGCCCGAAGGUGCUUUUGCUAGGAUACAUCAACCUGCAUUACCGGUGAUUCACAGUGAAAAGGUGCAGGCGAUUAUCGAAGAGGGGUUAUCGAAAAAUAAUCUCAAGUCGAGUGACGAUUGUGCAUGGCUAUCAUCUUUGAGGCCGAUCCAACCUCGAAUAGUGCCCAUGGGACCAAACAUAUCGAAUCUCAGUGAUAAUAAAAAUAUUGUCAGUAAUUCUGCAAGAAGAUUGGAGGUAUUAAGAAAUUGCAUCAACUGUAUCUUCGAGAACAAAAUAUCAGACGCCAGAAAAACUUUUCCUGCAGUAUUAAGGGCACUACAGUCCAAACAAGCUAGACUUGCACUUUGCGACGAGCUAUCCCAUCAUGUGAGUGGUACCAAAGCGAUGUUGGAACACCAACAAUUUGAUUUAGUAGUUCGGCUCAUGAACUGCGCUCUACAAGACGAUUCCUCCAUGGAUGAACAUGGUGUCGCUGCAGCUCUUCUACCUCUUGCGACGAUUUUCUGUCGAAAAUUGUGUACGGGGAUUAUACAGUUUGCUUAUACAUGCAUUCAAGAACAUAGCGUGUGGAAUAAUCAACAAUUUUGGGAAGCAGCUUUCUAUCAAGACGUCCAGAAGGACAUCAAAGCCCUUUAUGUCUCCAGAACAGAUAAUCUAGCAACAAGACUAAAUAGCGAACUCCAUAGCCCCACGUCACCACGCGAUUCCAAAGAUUAUACAUGGCAUCGACGUUCUGUUCUAAGCAGAGCUCAAGAAGCCACUGCUUUAGAAAUAGCUGCUGAACAGAUGCGAAUAUGGAACACCAUAGACGUCGAAAAACAGAAGGAAUUGAUAACAUGCGAAGAAAAUACCAUGUAUAGCCAAGCCAUACAUUAUGCUAACAGGAUGGUUUACCUCCUCAUUCCUUUGGAUAUGGGACACAAAAUGAGCAAACAAGAUUUAUAUGACGAAGACAGAAUAAGCAACAGCAUCGCAAAUAGUGUUGCUGAAAGUGACAGCGCAGAUGCAGAGUCCGGUUUUGAAGAUCAAGAUCCCGGAGAAACGGGCAACACGGUCAUCAGAAUGGUUUCUCGUUUUAUUGAUAAAGUUUGCAAUGAAGGAAGUGUUACACGUGAUCAUAUCCGAAAUUUACAUCAAAUGAUACCGGGAGUGGUUCAUAUGCAUAUCGAAACUUUAGAGGCUGUUUAUAGAGAGUCCAAGAGGCUUCCUCCUAUCCAAAAACCUAAGAUACUGACCCCCAAUAUGCUGCCCGGUGAGGAAAUUAUCAUGGAAGGUUUGAGAGUAUAUCUUCUUCCUGAUGGUAGAGAAGAAAGUAGUACAGGUUUAUUGGGAGGCCCACCUUUACUUCCUGCAGAAGGCGCAAUAUUUCUUACUAACUAUCGAAUUAUAUUUAAGGGAAUACCAUGUGACUCAUUCGCCUGUGAGCAAAUAGUAGUUCGCUCGUUUCCGGUAGCUUCUUUAACGAAAGAGAAAAAAGUGGCAGUUCAAUAUCUUGCACAUCUCGACCAAUGGCUCCAAGAAGGUUUGCAAUUGCGAUCCUGUAGUUUUCAAUUAAUGAAGUUCGCUUUCGACGAAGAAGUUACAGCUGAAAACGUCGAUACUUUGCGAAAAUUGUUACAUAAAGUCAGACAUCCUCCGGACGUUUUCCACCAUUUCGCUUUUACCGGACAGGUGGUAGUCAGUCAGACGCCGUUGCAUAAAAAUAAGGAAAAGAACGCAACGCUGAAAGGUUUUGCCAAAAAAACAUUCCUAAAAACCGCUCGAAAGGCCGGUUUCAAACAGAAAUCGUCAUCCAAACGUCAAAAAUACGUUCUGCCUAACCUCAACAUUAACAGCGGAAAUAAAUACAUGACAUCCCCUGGGAGAAUGAGUCUUCCGAUGUCGGACGAUUACGGACACGACGACGAUUUAUCCAUGGACGAUUUCGAGACCGGUCAACCGACAAUUACUCCAGCACCGACCGAUGCCAAAACUCUCGAAAGACUGCAAGAACGAAGUUACGUCAGGGAUUGGCAGAGAUUAGGAAUGUGCAAUAACAGCGUCUCACCUACAAGUAAACCGACGGCUGACCAGUUCCGUUUGACGUCAGUGAAUUCAAUUUAUAUGAUGUGCAGAAGUUAUCCUGCUCUAUUAGUCGUUCCAGCGACAGUCGCGGAUGAAAGUAUCAGACGAUUUUGCAGAUGUUACCGACAAGGUCGGAUACCAUCAAUAACAUGGCGCCAUCCGCGCACAAAAGCACUUCUUUUGAGAGGUGCAGGACAUCAUGGAAAAAGUGUUAUGGGUAUGCUGAAGAGUCAUCCCACACCUGCUGCUUCUACGGAUACAACGUCGUCAACUGAGCAAGAAAAAUACCUCUCUGCACUAGUAUUAGCAACUCCUGUUUAUUCACAACGCACCACUUGGGGCAUGUCUGACAGUUCUUUAAGUAUCGAUUCGCUCCUUUUGGCAGCCGAUGAUCCAUUGGCUUGUACUACGAUGACACCCGAAGUUGCAAGGAGAUCAAAUCCUUUUAACAAGGCGAUAGGAACAUUAGGCGUCUUUCCACGUUCUUCCGGGGGCAAAGGUCCAAGAAAUUUUGGCCGAUGGGGCUCUCUUAAGGACCGUAGACAAUCGUCGCAAGCUUCUUUAGCUGGUGGACAGAAUAAUAGGGUAAAUUUACGACAUAGUGCUGAUAUAGAUAAUGGCGUAGAUGGAGUUCAUUCGCUUCAAAGGGCCGCCCUCUAUAUUCUCGGAGAAAAAGCUCAUAUGAAAGGUAUCAAGAUGGAUUCGGCGCCCAAGACCGAUUUUAUCCCGGUAGAAUAUUACGACAUUCGACACACGAAGGCUGCUUUCAAGAAGCUUAUGAGGGCUUGUAUACCUAGUUCUCAAAACGCCGAGCCUGAACACAGUUUUCAUAGGUUGAUAGAAAAUUCGGAAUGGCUACAACAAAUCCAGAACAUCAUGCAACUGUCAGGCGCCGUGGUGGAUCUUUUAGACCUCCAAGGCUCUUCGGUGGCAAUUUGCUUGGAAGAGGGCUGGGACAUCACAGCCCAAGUCGCUUCAGUAGCUCAGCUUUGCUUGGAUCCUCACUAUCGCACCAUAGAAGGCUUUCGAGUGCUGGUAGAAAAGGAAUGGAUAGGAUUCGGGCAUAGGUUUAGUCAUAGAAGCAAUUUGAACGCUAAUUCACAAGCUAGCGGAUUCGCUCCCACGUUUUUGCAGUUCCUAGAUGUCGUUCAUCAGAUACAAAAGCAGUUCCCUAUGGCGUUCGAGUUCAACGACUACUAUCUUAGAUUUUUGGCGUACCAUUCGGUGUCUUGCAGGUUUAGGACAUUCUUGUUCGAUUGUGAAUUGGAAAGGGUCGAAAGUGGCGUAGCCGCAGUAGAAGACAAACGCGGCUCUCUGACAUCGCACCACAAAAGCGUGGAUACAGUAUCUGACGACGAAAACAUCUAUCCGGGCGGCAGAAUAGCUUCCUCGUCCCAAGGUAAUAAUUUGGGACAAAGCGUGUUCGAUUAUAUAGAAAAACAACACGCCAGGAACCCGAUGUUCUUCAAUUUCAUGUACACUCCAGACUUCGAGCACCCAGUGUUAAGGCCGCAAUCUUACCUCCCUUGUUUAGAGAUAUGGAAUUAUUAUAUCGAUGAAGAUUUGCGAUACGGGCCGAGCUAUGAUCCCGAGAUAAUACAGAUGGAUUCCCAGCAGGAGGAGGAAGCCGAAGCUGCAGACGGGAUUGUGAAGACCAGGAAAAUCGUGUGUUUGGGAUAUGAUAGCGUUAAUAAAUCGGUGCCGGAUGCGUUUAGCCACUUGCUCGAAGAUAUUCAUAAAUUGGAAUCUGAACUGGGACACUUGCCACAAAAAUGGAAAAUUUUAUGGGAUAAGCUGGAAGUCCCGCUGACUGAUUCACUCACUCGCCAUGCUUCCUUUAGCACUGCCCUCGUCAGAUCGCACGGUAGAUUAGUACACAAAAGAUCGACAUUAGAAAUAUUAAUGAGAGGUAAGAUGGUAGGGGCGGCCGAGAGUUCGCUCAUCUACUCCCAUCCGCACCGAUUCGAACGCUACAACUACACUACUCCUACUUACUGUGAUCAUUGCUCGAAUCUCCUUUGGGGGCCUGUCAAGACUGGUAUGAGAUGCAUGGACUGCGGUUAUAGUUGUCAUGAAAAAUGUAUGGAUAGCGUACCUAAAAAUUGUACCAAGUACAAAUCAGUGGCGGAUAGUGCAACGUCUCAUCCUCAGGGCAAUACUGGUGACAAUGCAUCUGUAAGUUCCGGGAGUGCACGACAAACAUCUAGUCAACAAUAUUACGAUCAGUUUUCAUCGAAUGUCGCUGAGGAUCGUACACACGAGGGAUAUUUAUAUAAGAGAGGUGCGUUGCUCAAAGGGUGGAAACAGAGAUGGUUUGUACUCGAUUCUAUCAAGCAUCAGCUCAGAUACUAUGAUGCUAUGGAGGAUUCUCAUUGUAAAGGUUACAUAGAUUUAGCAGAAGUUAUGUCAGUAAAUGCAGCACCUCCAGCACCUGGCCCUCCUAAGAAGACGGAUGAUAAGUCUUUCUUUGAUUUACGUACUAGUCGCCGUACAUACAAUUUUUGCGCUACCGAUACAACAUCAGCACAAGAAUGGAUUGAGAAGCUACAAGCUUGUUUAUAA